AUGGCCGCACCAGGCGCCGGCACCGGCGGCUGGCGCGCCUCCAGCUCGCGAGCCCGCCGCGCGUCCGCGGCGGCGGCGGAGUCUAAUGAGAACGAAGACCUUGCCGCCGCGUCCUCUUCCUCGUUCGCCCUCGCCCCCGCUCCGCAUUUCUCGCUGCCCCCGAGGUCGCCGCUCGCGGCCAUCGCGGAUCCCGGGCGGAACCCUCGUUCCGCGCCGGCGACGCCUGUCGUCGCUGGCCGGCACGCCCAGGGCCUCCGCGGCGGGGUCGGGGCCAGGGACCGGACCUCAUCGGUUGGGGCGGCGAAGAGGGUGUUCGAUCUGAGGGAUGUCGCGGCCGCGGAGGUGCCCCUGGAGGUGCCGCACUUCGAGCUCGACGAGGACCCCGCGUUCUGGAAGGAUCGCAAUGUGCAGGUUCUGAUACGGAUAAGACCAAUUAGUGAUGCCGAGAAUGCUACUCAUGGUCAGAAAAGAUGCUUGCUGCAGGAUAGCUCAAAGACAUUGAGCUGGACAGGACAUCCGGAAACCAUGUUCACGUUUGACCAUGUUGCAUGCGAAACAAUAUCACAGGAAAAGCUAUUCAGAGUUGUGGGUCUGCCAAUGGUGGAGAACUGCAUGUCAGGAUACAAUGGUUGUCUGUUUGCCUAUGGUCAGACGGGAAGUGGGAAAACUUACACAAUGAUGGGAGAACUUACAAAGUUGGGCAAUGAGCUUAGUAAGGAUGCUGGCUUGACACCUCGCAUUUUCAAAUAUCUUUUUCGACGGAUAAAUGAGGAAGAAGAGCGCCGGAGAGAAGAAAAGCUUAAAUAUAUCUGCAAAUGCUCUUUUCUAGAGAUUUACAAUGAACAAAUAACUGAUCUACUUGAACCCUCGUCAACCAAUCUUCAGAUCCGUGAAGAUAUAAAGAAAGGUGUAUAUGUUGAAAAUCUAAUGGAAUGUUAUGUGUCAUCUGUUGAAGAUGUUAUGUUGCUAUUGCUACAGGGGGUUGCAAACAGGAAAAUGGCUGCCACAAACAUGAACAGCGAGAGCAGCCGCUCACAUAGUGUUUUUACUUGUGUAAUUGAGAGUCGUUGGGAAAGUGAUUCGAUGACACACCUCCGAUUUGGGAGGUUGAAUUUAGUUGAUCUUGCUGGUUCUGAGAGGCUUGUUAUUAUGACUCUAGUGGAUGUUGCAAAUGGGAGAAGCCGUCAUGUUCCUUAUAGAGAUUCAAGGCUUACAUUUCUCCUUCAGGCAAAAGUAAAUGAAGACGCUUCAGGAGAUGUUAUGGCUUUACAAAGGCAGAUAGAGGAACUAAAGGAUCAACUGACAUGCUUGAAGAAGCAAAAAGAUUGUCCUGGAUCACCUAGCUUGUUGCUUAAUUCAGACUUUACCAAUGAAUUCAAAACUUCAUGUGGAGUAGAUGAUCAACUAGACUGUGAUCUGAAUAUCCUAAAGAAAAAGGUUAGCCAUCUAGAACAUGUCUUGGCUGGGAGCCUUAGGAGAGAGAAAUCAGCAGAGACCAAGAUUGGGAAGCUGGAAGCAGAAAUACAGCACUUGAACCGUUUGGUCAACCUGAUGGAGUCUGACGCACAGCGCUUGAGGAAGAGGCUCGAACUUCGUGGUGAAAAACAAAGAUUACACUCGAUUGGUGAAAAUGCUGCAUUGUCCCAGGAGAUUCAGUUGUUGCAAGAACAAAUCAAUGAAAAUCCUCAAUUGACUCACUUCGCGUUGGAAAACAAGAGAUUGAUUGAGGAACUUACAACGCUUCAGAACUUCUACAAGCAAGGGGAAAGAGAGAUGUUAUUGACAGAGAUAUCUCUUUUGCGGAAUCAUUUCCUUCAUAUCCUUGAGCAGAAAUACGCAGCAGCUCCUAAAAAUGUAGAAGCUCAGGGUGAUGAGCUCAUCAAGGAGCUUGACAAUUGCAGGAAGGAACUGGAUGCAUGCUUAGAAAACAAUGUUCUGUUAGCUCGUGAAGUAAAUAAGCUUCGCUGUGAACUGAUACAAUACCAGAAGCCCUGCACAAAUCAAGUUGCUCCUGAGGAAAAGGAGAAUGUUGUGGCCACAAGCAUCAACGCAAUGCAAAAUGAUCAAGCCAAGCAGAAUUUUUCAUACUUGUCAUCGGAUGAUGUUAACAAGCAGUUCAUGCAAGCAGGGAUCACAACUAAUAUUUCAGAAUCAUUCCAACUUGAAUUACCUUAUGAAAUUGACAGUGAAGAUCCGGAGUCUCCUCAUUUGCAUGAUCCAGAAACACACGACUUUAGGGAUCCUACAAUAGCGUCAGAGUAUGAUGGUGUAUUGUCUGAGUGCUUCAACUUAGCUAUGGGGUCUUCACAUGAUGUACUUGACAAAAGCACUAUUCUGACUGAGCUGAAUUUUCUAGAGAAGGAUGACACUUGUCAUGUCCAUGAAAAAGCUCCAGUGAGGGGUAUACAUUUGCAUGAUGAGACUUUAUUGUGCCAAGAGAUUGAAAUAGUGAACUCAAGUAAACAUCUAUCACAGGAUGAAUUGGAAAACCUUAAAAGAACAAAUCAAGAGCUCAAAGAGAAGCUGUUUAUUAUGGCUGAAGAAAGUAAUAAGCUUUCAGAGAUUAUUGUUGCAAAAGAUGUAGAAAUUGCUUCUUUAUCUGAAGAAUGGGAGGCUGCAAUUUUUGAUCUAACAAGCUUCUUAACAGAUGGAUGUAGAUCACUGGAUGAUGCAUAUCAGAACAUUGAUAAUAUGAUUAGCUCAUUUCCUCACAGUAACAGUUCUGUAAGUGAACAUGUGGAGAAGGCUAUGAAAAUUAGCAUUGAGAAAGAAAAGAUGAUAUUCAAACUUCAAAAUGAACUACAAACUGCGCAGAAAAUUGGCAGGGAAGUGAAGGAAAAGCUGCAUAUUUUAAGAGGUGCAACUCUUGCUAUAACUGAAGCUCAGCAGUUGGAUAAUGAAGAAAGCUCUCAGGAAGAACUACAGCUAGUAGGUUUAUUGCACCAAAAGGAUUGUAUAAUACAAGAACUAAAGAACAAUUUGAAAGCAGAAAAUUGUGUCUUUGCAGAAAGAGCUAAAGGACAUUCUCGUGAUGACCUAGUGUUGCCUGAUAGUUCAGUUGACAUGAUUGAGGAAUUGCCUCGUGAUGAAAAUCAACCAGCAGCUAGUCAAGUUAAUCCAGAUUACCAGUCAAAGCUUGAUAGUGUGAUGCAUCUUGUUGAAGACAAAUCAAAUAAGGUUCUGACCUUAUUUUCAAAUUUUGAGGCAGCUCAAGAAACCAUGGAAGAGGCUGAACUUAUGCUUUCAGCUUUGUUGAAGGCCAAUGAAGAAUUAAAACUUGAGAGAGAUAAUUGCAGGCAAGCUGUGGAAUUGUUGUUGUCUGAGAAAAGUUCUCUGAUCGGUGACUUGAAAGAACUUGAAGCAUCAAGCUCUUGUUUAUCCCAGAAAUAUGACAAAUUGCAUCAACAGAUAAAUGAGCGCGUUUCAGAGAUGACAAAGCUUGCUACUAUAAUAAGGAAGUCGUUUCAGCAAAUUCAAAGUUUUUCCAUGGUAGAACUCUUUGCUCUUUGCUCAGAGAUUAUUACUUUUGGCCAAGACUUGAAAGGAUGUAUAAUUGAUUCAAGGUCAUAUAUAGCGAACAUGGUAUCACUUAUAGAAGAAAAAGGCAGAUCUACAGAGCAGUUCCAUCACCUAAAUGCAAAUGCUUGUGGGUCUGCUUGCCAACAGGUAGAUUCACAUUCAUGCCAGUGGGGUAGCAGCAAACCUUCUCAAUCUGAUUAUAGUGCAGAAUAUGCAUCACUCAGAAGAGAAUUUGACAGGAAGAGCAAUGUUGUAGAAGGAUUGUCUUUUGAUCUUAAACUACUGCAAGAGUCUACCUCAAACGCAAAAGAUAUGAAAGAUAAAGCUGAUGAAAUAUCUACUGCCCUUAGCAAUGUUCAAAGAGAACUAGAUAUGAAAACUUCUACAAUAGAAACCAUGUUGAAAAAACAAAAGGUACUUGAGGAAGAACUGGCUGAAAAUGGUGCCAGACUCAUUAUUUUAAGAUCAGAGUUAGAGCAUUCUCAAAGUUUAUCAUCAGCGUUAUUAAAGGAGAACAAAGGUCUGAGAGUGAUGUUGGAAGAUGAAACUGUGAAGAAUAGUGAAACAAAAGUGCUGUUGGAAGAAAAAGUUAAGGUCAUAGAGGGAUUGGAGAGCCAAAUACUAUUGCUAAAUCGUUCUGAAGUGGGGCAGUUGAUGUCAGAUAUUGAAGAAUUAAAUAAUAGCAUUAAAAUAAUGAGUAGUGACAGAGAAAAUCUCCAGGCAGAGAUAUUUAAGUUAAGGGACAAGCUUGAGAUGGCAAUGGCUUUAGCUGAGGAAAAUGAAGCUGCUGCUAUUGAAGCUCGUCAAACUGCAGAGAUUAGUAAAAUCUAUGCUGAGGAAAAAGAGGAGGAGGUUAAGAUUCUUGAACGAUCUGUCGAGGAACUUGAAGGAACAGUGACUGUUCUUGAGGAAGAGGUAUGCAACCUUAAAGAGGAAGUAAGGAGCCAUCAAGUACAUAAACUAUCUGAAGCCCACUUUCAAGCUUUUGAUGACAUGCUUGCUGUAGAAAAAGCAUCAAAAUGUGAUGCUGCUGAGGAAUCGUGUCAAGGGAAAUGUCAUCUAGAAAAGAGAUUGCAAGCUGAGAUUCUUGCACAUAAAGAUGUCAGAAAGAAGAUUGAAGGUCUCAAAUUGGAAGCAAAACGUAAAGAUGAUGAGAUUGGACAAUACAAAGAGCAUAUUGCUGAGUUGGUCCUGCAUUCAGAAGCACAGUCUUUGUUGUUUCAGGAGAAGAUAUGCUUGCUAACAUCAAGACUAGCUGCUGUGGAUACCAUGACACAUGAUAUUAUAAGAGAACUACUUGGUGUCAAACUAGACAUGACAAACUAUGCUAAUUUGGUUGACCAAGAAGAGGUGCAAAAGUUGCUGAUAGCAUCCCAGCAACAAAUUGAACAAUCAAAGGCGAAGGACACAGAACUUGAAGCGUUGAAAGAACAACUUGGUCUUCUCAUUCUGGAAAGGGACAGCUUGCUUGAUGACAUGGACCAAAGAAAGACGGACCUAUUAGAGGCCCAACUGCUCGUUGAACAGCUUGAGCAACGGGAGCAGAUGCUGGAAGCGCAGAUUGAAAUGUUACAGUUGGAGAAAGACAACCUUCAACAGAAGACCAUGGAGAUGGACGAGACAAUUGAACUUCUAGCCAGAUCAAACCAACAAGAUAUAAAUCCAAGAAUGGUGAAGUACCUUCACUAUAAAUGCUCACGUUCAGCAGUUAAUUGUGGGCUUCUGAUGACCAGAACAUUUCUACAGGGGGAUAACCACCAUCGCGGCAGCAGUGAGUUCAGCAGGCGGCUAGCUCAGUCCGACAUGCUCCUCUCCCAUGCGAGGCAUGAACAUUCUCGCCGGCAUGCGGCCGGAAGCUCGAGGACGCACCAUGGCCGGCAUCGGUGA